AUGUUGAAUCAGACGCAAGGGUGCCGUUUCACACUUUGGGCAUCGACAAUCUUUUGCCCGGGGGCCUUGCGAGGCCGUUUUUUGAUCAACUCUUUCUUCAAGGGUUCCUCUUUUCGGGGUUUUUCUUUUCAACAAUCUUCCCCGUCUGUACGGCAGUUCACCCGGCCGAGCGUCCAGCUGUUUGAUUUAAAUCAGAAGUUUGAAGAGGAAACGCAUCCAGGAUACAUAGCAGAAGUCUCGUAUUCUGUCAAUAUCGGUCAAGUCUUCCAAUCUCGGUACAAAGUCGUUGGAAAACUAGGGUUUGGUGGUUACUCUACGGUAUGGCUUUGCAAAGAUCUCACGUGGGACAAAUAUUUGGCAUUGAAAGUGUUCAGACGGGACUCAGCUGAAGGCGAAAGAGAAAUGGCGAACUACCAUCGCAUCAAUACAGUCAAAAGUUCGCACGCUGGUGCUAUGCUUGUUCGCACAGCGCUUGACAACUUUCAGAUAGAAGAUACUAGAGGAAGUUAUCAGGUUAUCAUACACCGGCCUCUUGGUGUGAGGCUAUAUGACCUCCGACAUCGAUUUACGGAAAGAAUACUACCUGAGAAAGCAGUGAAAAUGGUUCUAGCGCAUCUUCUGCUAGCCCUUGACUACCUCCAUACAGAGACCGGCAUCGUCCAUACCGACAUACAGGAAAAUAAUAUCCUGCUGGGUAUCGAAGAUGAAUCAUUAUUGGCUGAGUUUGAGGAAGACGAGAAAUCCAAUCCCAGUGCACGAAAAGUUGAUGGAAAUAGGGUGGUUUAUGCAUCGCGCGAAUUCAGAACAACAGACAACUUUGGUCGACCGGUUUUAUGUGACUUUGGUCAAGCUCGUUUCGGCUCUGCCCGUUACCAUGGUGAUAUUCAACCUUACACAUACCGAGCUCCUGAAAUUUUGCUGCGCACAAGUUGGGAUGAAAAGGUUGACAUUUGGAAUCUCGCGGUUCUCACAUGGAACAUCUUCCAGCGGGAGCCACUAUUCUAUGCUAAAGACCCAGAGAACAAAGACUCGACCAUUCAUCAUAUAGCUGAGAUGAUUGCGGUUCUUGGGCCGCCACCCGGAGACAUGUUACAGAGCAACGACUAUGCUACGAAAUUCUUUGAUUCAGAGGGUAAUUGGAGAGGCAUGGCCCCCAUACCAUCAACCACUUUGGAGCAGCGGGAGGAAUUCUUGCAAGGUGCACAGCAACAACUCUUUCUUGCCUUUAUGCGCAGAAUGCUUCAGUGGCGCCCAGAGGAUAGGAGUUCUGCCAGAGAAUUAUUGGCGGACCAGUGGCUACUUUCCUAA